AUGGAUACGGCGAUCCCGCCGGGUUUUUCUAGGUCUCUGUCGGGGUCUAUGGGAAAUUGGAAGCCGCGGAAUGAGAUAACGGGAAUAGCGAACCUAUUGGAGAGAUCGGGUACUGAGAAGAUUCAAAAGGAGAUUAUGGAUUUGGGGGAAAAGAAACAAGGAUCGGAGAACGUUGCGAAGAGAUCGGAGAAUGAGGGAGUAUCUUGGGCAGAGAUAGCGCAAGAGAAGAAAGUUCUGAAGAAAUACGAUUUGAAGAUAGAAGACUUGGAGGGUGGGAAAGCUGUAGAGAUUCCAGAUGAGGUUAUCGAACAAGCAGAUCUCCUUUGGGACGACUACUUGAUUGGUAAAUUUCUCGAUACUGCUCCACAUGUGGCUAGAGUUCAUGCGAUUGUAAACAGGAUUUGGAAUCAAGGAGAAAUGAAGCAGCAGAUUGAUGUUCAAGUAGGGGAUGACACAACUAUGAAGUCCAAAGUUCUGAACCCAGUGAUGAGAGCUCGAAUCGUUCAGAGAGGCAUGUGGAACAUAGGAAAUGUACCUUUGGUGGUGAUGAAGUGGACUCUGGAUGACUUGAAGGAGAAACCUGAAAUCAAGUCAAUACCGAUGUGGGUGUAUCUUAAAAAUGUGCCGAUGAACAUGUAUUCAUGGCGGGGGCUGAGUUUCAUCGUGAGUGCAGCUGGCUUUCCGGUUAGGCUUCACCCAGAGACAGCGUCUUGCUCGAACUUCAAACUAGCAAAGAUUUUUGUUAAUGUUGAUCUAUCCAAGGAGUUGCCGGAUAAAAUAAACUUUACGAAGAAGGGGAAAUCACAUUUGGUUGAGUUCAUCUAUCCUUGGUUGCCGCUGAGAUGUAGUACGUGUGGAAAAUGGGGACAUGUAGAAAAAGUCUGUGUUAUGAAUAAGAAGGACGGAUCAGAGAAAUCAGUUACGCAGAUCAUACAUGAGGAUACUGAGAAGAGAGUUGGAGAUAUGGAAAAAGAGAAAGAAGAUAGUAAGUCGAAGGAAAAGGAGAUGGAAGAGAAUAUUGGAUCAACAAAGAAGAGUUCUGAUCUUGAGACAAUUAAAGAGAUGGAAGUUGAAGAAGGGGAAAUAGAGGAGAACUGGCAGGAUGUAACUCCAAAGAAGGCUUGUAGAAGCUCAACUUUAAAGUUUGGUCAGGUGAAGAUCUUGACGCCUUCAAGGUUUCCAAACUUACUGGAGGUAGAUGAGAAAGGGGAUGUGAUAAAUGUAGUGGAGACUGAGGAGAUUCUGAGUGUAGUGGAAGAGAUAAUGGAGGAAGGUGUUGAUACAGAAAGGGUAAUAGAAGAAAAUAAGGAGAAAGAGAAAGAAGAUAUUGAUGCAGAGCGAAAGGAAAAUGACUGUGAGAUGCAGAAGGAAGAGAAUAAAUUUGAAGAAAAUCAGAAUCAGGGUAUUGCGGGGAUUCAGAUUACUCAGGAGAACUGGCCUGAUUUGAAGAUCAAAAACGUUGCAUCGAGCGGUUCAAGUUCCAGAAUCGUUUGGAAAUAUGGGGAAACGCAGUAA